AGCGAUUGCGUGAAAGGACACUUCUUAAUUAUCGACGAUGUAUUUACUUAGAUCUGUUAACUUCUAGACAUUUAGCCACUUUUUAUGGUUGGUAGUAUUGUAUAUUAUUGUAUAUUAAUUUGUUAGUUACGGGCAUAUAUUAUAUGCGCAAACGUAAUCAUGGCUUAAAAUCUGACGGUAUAUCGACGAUCCCCAGGGAUUUAUCACGGUCCGAGUGAAGACAAAGAGGCCUUUUUUCGCACAGCAACUCCUUUGUAGACAACACGAUGCUUUCUCUGGGCCUGUCUGCAGUGUUGUUCCUAGGACUGUGUAUCUCAUCCGCAGUAGGCUAUGGGCAGAAAAUCCUUGUUCUCGGAGGAGAUGGUAUGUUGGGAAGUGAAACAGUGGCGCGAUUGAAGCUUAGAGGAAACGACAUUACCGUUCUGCAUCGAGGAACCUGGUACUGGGACUCAUCAAAACGAAUCAAACCAUGGGUCAACUUUAUCCAGUGUGAUCGGGAUUAUUUUAAUGAAUGCGCCGAUAAACUUGAGGAUAUGACUCGGGAAAAAGGCAUGUGGGAUGCAGUGUUCGACUUCAGUGGCUACAAACCCAAACAGAUCAAGGUAAACAGUUACCUAAAUAAGCUCUUCAUUUCGAGAUGGCGAGUGAAGCCAAGCACGAGAAAACGCGCGAGCUAGAGGCAAAACCGCGAGGGGCUCUCGCGUCUGUUCGCGCCUCGGGUGCGUGACUGUUAAAGACAUCCCGCAAAGCAGACAACGCUUACCAGAAAGAGUUUUGAGAUUGUACACGUCCCCAUCUUAGUUGACUUCGGGGACUCAACGAUCCGACGACUCGAUGGCAACGAGGCAAAAAAAGGUUUAGGGCCUGUUUACAUGGAGGUGGGGGACCCCAGGUAGGUGAGGUAACCCACUUUGGUGGGUAACCCGCCUAUCCACAUAAUCUCUCAUUUUAAUUUGAUCACGUUUACAUGAUAGGUGGGGUGACCCACCGCAUGUUACCUCACCUACCUGGGGUCCCCCACCUCCACGUAAACAGGCCCUUAGAAGGCAAAACAACAACUUUGCACGUGCAUCACACUUUUUUGUACAUUUCUUUGACGUUUUGGCACGACUAUGACAUGCAAUUGCCUAAUUUUACAUUUUAUGAACGACGUAAACAAGCGACGACGAAAAAGUAUUUUUCUUUCUAAACUUAAAUAGGGAUCCUAGGAAUUCAACCCCAGGGGGAUGCGCCUACUUUUGAUAAAGUAAAUGGGUAGGAAUAAUCGUGAUGAAGACUGGAAGAACGUAAAUUCACUUUUUAGGCGACGUUUUCGCUGCCAUCACGUCGGAUCGUGAAGUCCCUAUCGUGCGAGGACUCGCGCAGCGGAAUUUGCCACGUUCAAACCUAGGUUCAAAGCUUACCCCUACCCCCCUUUCUAGACAUUCAUUGACUAACUAUCAGAAGGUCUAUUCGAAACAUUUGUUUAAUUAGUCUAUUGAAUAGGGACUUUGCGCCAUCCUGAUCUACCGGCCUUCACAUCAGGGGUUUCAGAAUGGGUAAUAGCCUGGGUAACGGGUAAUGAAUGGACUCUUGCCCCCCAGAAGACACGUGGUAUGGCGUGAUUCUGUGGGUGUUGAGAGUCCCAGGUCAAGGCUUAAAUCAGAGCGCGUGGAUAUUUUUCACCAGAGUUUUCUCUGGUUGUUACGCCUUACUGACGAGCCCCAAAGAGGGCGAAACAGCUGUCUAUGGCUACAAUCCCGCUCUGUUUUGAGUUCUUUCGGUGUCGUGUUGAUGUCUUGCAGAGUUAAUUUUUACGUAGUACGAUCAGCAUUGCAGUAUUCUGCGUGCAGAAUUUAAUAUGUCUAAUGGGUAAUUAGUUGACCUUACUUUUGUUGGUGUGGUGUUCUCUGCCUCCAGGACUUUAUGAAAAAAAUGCGCAGUAAGAUUCGACGUUACAUAUACAUCAGCACGGACUCGGUGUACGAGGUGUGUAAGGAACCUUCCCACGAAGGGCCUACGCUUGAGGAGGAUGCUGUGCGACCCGAGGAUCCCAGGGAGAGAGACGCCUAUGCUCAAAGGGACCUUUACGGUAGCAACAAGCUGGAAUGUAAGGAGCACAAAAUUCAAUGAUAUCGGCUUCGUUUAAAUUGAUCAAAAUUCGGCACUAAAAUAGGGUUCAACUUCUGUAGUCACCUCAUUCGCAUCUGUCCAUCUUUUAAGAGUUAAUAACAAUAUUUUGGGGGGGAGGAGGGGGAGGGAAGUUAUUGAAUGCACACGUUAUAAGGUGAUGACUAUAUUGUGAAUCAUCAGAAUCAUUAUUAGAAACACCCUUAAGUCCAUAGCACAAUCUUCUGAGAUAUGAAGCAGCUAUGCUUUUGGCUUUGCUGUGAUAGGACAUACAAGCCAUCACAUUGCGUACAUAGGUCGUCGAUAAUGUAAGUCGUAAACAACAGAAUCUUUUCAUAAGUGCUGCUCACUUUCUCCAAAAGAUGUUUUCGUCAUUCUCUCUCUAAAGCACUCAUCAUAUUUGGUUUGGAUUUCACUUAGCUAACACAAUAACCUUGACUUGUAGGUGAGGAAGCCAUCAAAAGAGAACACGAAUUAUGGAACAUCCCUUACAUUAUUCUAAGGCUUCCUGACGUAAUUGGGUUGCGUGAUAACACCAAUCGCUUCUGGAACUAUCUUUUGUGGCUGCGCUUUCAUGACAUCAUAGAUCGACCGCUUGAGUUGCCGCCCAGCCUUCAUGAUAAGCCGCUGAGCUUUGUUUUCUCUGAAGAUGUAGCGAAUCUCUUGAUUGUUCUUCCAGAGUACGAGGACAACAGGGUGUUCAACUUUGCGUAUAACCUAGCGUUUCAUGAGACAACCACGUUAGAAGAUCUACUACGUAUUAUGGCUAAACAUCUUGGUAUAUCAGAGGUUAAGUUUGACAAAUCAAACGAUAGAGGGCUACAUUACUACCCCUCAGUGAAGCGCGGUCCAGUGGACAUUUCCAUGGCGUUAAACUAUAUCAAAUGGGGCCCACACGAGCUGGACAAAGGAGUGAAAAAGACGGUGCAGUUCUAUGAGUACGCGAUGCGUUCCUCUGAUUUUAAGGCCCAGCGUAAAGCGAUCCUCGAUAGUUUUAAGGUUCCUCCUCAUGCAAUGGCGGCCUUUAAACAGCGCGUAAAAGACGUUUAUGGCAUAGAUUACGAUAGGGAAAUAGUCAAAGAUGAGUUAUAACAGUCAAUGGAUAAUGAGCGGUUUAAAAAAAUUACAAUUACGUUAAGAACUUUGGUGAUUUUAACAAUAGAAAGUGCAUGCAAUGUCAUAAAAUAGCUCUAAGUAUUUUACAUCUUAAAGAAUAUUUCUUGUCAAAUGGGCAAGACCCUUGUUCAGGUAAGAAAAAAAAGUAAAGAGGGGAUUUUCUAAGAGUCCAGCCAUUACUGC